CAAGGGUAAGAAGCCACAUUCCGAUCUGAAGCAGUUUAAAAUGAAAAUGUUAGCGACAGUUUUAGUGUUAACCCUCUUUACAACUCUACAUGCUGAGAAUAAGGACAUUCUUGGAAAGCAAUAUCUGAAUGAAUUAAAACGCAAGCAGAUUGAAGAUGGUCUUACAAGCAUCAACAAUGCUAUUAUAAAAAUCAGCCAUGAUCUUACAAAGAUCAAAAAAGAUGUUCAAAGGCUGACAUGCAAAGAAUUUAAAUCAUGCAAGGAAAUAUUUGAUAGUCAAAGCAAUAAUACCGCAAGUGGUGUUUACGAAAUCAGUGUUGGUUCGAACCAAGUGGAAAGCGUCUACUGUCAGAUGUCGUCAGUCUCAGGUUGUUCUGGUGGUGGGUGGACGAUGGUGAUGAAAAUUGAUGGAAGCAAGAGUACCUUUGGAUACAGUUCUGGUUAUUGGUCGUCCAAGACCACUUACAAUGACAAUGACGAUGGAAGAAACGGAGGUUUUGACAAGCGAGAGUUCAAAGGAUCAGCAUAUUGGAAAACGUCAUUCAAUGAAAUUUGUGUCGCGAUGAAACAUGGUAGUCAACUAAGAGCCAUCUCUUUCUCGUACCCAGCCUCGUCCUUGUAUUCUCUGAUCGCUGACGGCAGGUAUCGUCAAACUCACGUCGGUCGCUCUCAAUGGAAACAGCUCAUCCAAGGAUCAUCUUUACAGCAUAAUUGCAAUAAAGAAGGAUUUAACGUGAACCCUUCCAAUUAUGAUGGAAUACUUCGGUUUGGCAUCCUUGGAAACGAGCAAAAUGAGUGCAACUCUCCCGACUCUUUCCUAGGCCUGGGUGCUGAUGAGCAGUUUAGGUAUUGCCUCCCUGGACCUUCUCUUAACGCCGCCGGCAAUGUUGGUACGUGUUCAUCAGACAACGGAGAAAAGAAUAUUAAAGCAAUGGGAUACAUACUGGUCCGUUAA